UCUCCCAAGAGCCUCCGCUCUUCCUCUUCCCCCCAAAGCGGCCAUAGGUGACCUCUGAAGAUGGUUCGCUAUUCGCUAGACCCAGAAAACCCCACAAAAUCAUGCAAAUCGAGAGGCUCCAAUCUCCGCGUUCACUUCAAGAACACGCGUGAAACUGCCCAGGCCAUCAAGGGCAUGCACAUUCGGAAAGCCACCAAGUAUCUGAAGGACGUCACCUUAAAGAAGCAGUGCGUGCCUUUCCGUCGUUAUAAUGGUGGCGUUGGUAGGUGCGCCCAGGCAAAACAGUGGGGCUGGACACAGGGUCGCUGGCCCAAAAAGAGUGCUGAAUUCUUGCUGCACAUGCUGAAAAAUGCCGAGAGCAAUGCUGAGCUUAAGGGUUUAGAUGUAGACUCUCUGGUCAUCGAGCACAUUCAGGUGAACAAAGCACCCAAGAUGCGGCGUAGAACCUACAGAGCUCAUGGGCGGAUUAACCCCUACAUGAGCUCUCCCUGCCACAUUGAGAUGAUCCUCACUGAAAAGGAGCAGAUUGUUCCCAAACCAGAAGAGGAGGUGGCACAGAAGAAAAAGAUAUCUCAGAAGAAACUGAAGAAACAGAAACUUAUGGCCCGGGAGUAAAUUCAGCACAAAAUAAAUCUAAAUAAAAGUAAAAGCAGAA